AAUAAUAAUAAUAAUAAAUAAAUAAAAAAGACUUUCUCCCAACUCCCAAUAAUCUUCCGUCACUACCACCGGUCACCGAGUACACACUCUCCACCUGGGCCGAUUACAUACACUGUAAAAACACACACACACACACACACACACACACACACACAGUCAGCUUCCGAUUAACGGUCAAAUCUUCGAGAUCUGCCUCACCGGAGACAAUCUCCGACGAGCUAGUAACGGAUUAUUUGCCAUUUCCGGGUUGCGGUGGAGAUGGCUUCCCCUGCCAAUCAGAAUCCACCAGGCGGAGGUCAAUUCGACGUGCAGAGGUUGUUCAGCCCUUCCACUCAUCCAUCACCACCGCCGCCUACCUCCGUUCCUCCUUCUAACCCUAAUAAUCCCCAGCACUUCAUCGUCAAUAAUAUUAGCAACGCUCUGCCUAACCCUAAUUUCGUUUCGUCUCCUUUCCCACCCCCUUCGGCUUCUUACCCUCCGCCCACCGUCUCCUCCGGCGGCGCGUUUGUCUACCCCCAUCAACCGUCGCCUUUCCACUACCAACCUCAGGUGUACACCGCCUAUUCCAAUUCUCCGCCGCCGCCGCCGCCCCACCAUGAAAUCGACAACGCGCAGCCUCAGAGGUCCAUGUCUUAUCCUACGCCCACUCUCCAGCCCCAAGGGCAAGCACCUAUGCCUCAGCACUCUAAUUUCCAGAAUUCCCCUAAUCUCCAAAACCCUAUUAACCAUGGUGCUCGUUUGAUGGCGUUGCUGAGUGCACCUGCUUCCACCCUUGAAAUUAUGCAGCAGCCCGCCAUGCCUAUGCCCCAGAUCCAUCCAACCUCAUCUACUGGAUCUGACUUAUCGGUGCCACAGAAUAUGAACAACUUGCCGUUACAAAAUACAGUGAUGUCGCACCAGUCGCCUGUGAUGCGGAUGCCGAGCAGUAAGCCUCCAAAAGGGCGGCAUCUGAUUGGGGAUCGUUUGGUUUACGACAUUAAUGUUAGGUUUCCGGGAGAGGUGCAGCCUCAGCUUGAGGUGACUCCCAUUACAAAAUAUGCCUCUGAUCCCGGACUUGUUGUGGGAAGGCAAAUCGCAGUUAAUAAAACUUAUAUAUGUUACGGUCUCAAAUUGGGUGCAAUACGUGUGCUCAAUAUCAACACUGCUUUGAGAUCGUUGCUCAAGGGUCUAACUCAGAGAGUAACAGACAUGGCUUUCUUUGCUGAGGAUGUUCCCCUUUUGGCUAGUGCAAGCGUGGAUGGCCGGGUUUAUGUCUGGAAGAUUACUGAAGGUCCGGAUGAAGAAGACAAGCCUCAAAUUAGUGGAAGGAUCAUUGUUGCGAUUCAAAUUACUGGAGAAGGGAAAUCUGUUCACCCCAGAAUUUGUUGGCAUUGCCAUAAACAAGAAGUUCUUGUAGUUGCGAUUGGGAGACGUGUUUUGAAGAUUGAUACUACAAAAGUUGGAAAAGGUGAAAAAAUUUCAGCCGAGGAACCCCUUAAAUGCCCCAUCGAGAAGUUGAUUGACGGGGUCCAACUUGUGGGCAGCCACGACGGAGAAAUUACUGACUUGUCUAUGUGCCAGUGGAUUUUGUUGAGAUUGCAGAUAAAGAUUUGGGAAGAUCGGAAGUCACAGCCUAUUGCAGUUCUCCGGCCACAUGAUGGCCAUCCUGUUAAUUCUGCCGCUUUUCUGGCUGCUCCUCAUCGCCCGGAUCACAUUAUACUUAUCACUGGGGGGCCACUGAAUCGGGAAGUGAAAAUCUGGGUAUCGACAAGUGAAGAAGGCUGGUUGCUUCCUAGUGAUGCUGAAUCAUGGCAUUGUACUCAAACAUUGGAAUUAAGGAGUUCAGAGGUUCGGGCUGAAGAUGCUUUCUUCAAUCAAGUAAUAGCAUUGUCACAAGCUGGUCUUCUUUUAUUGGCAAAUGCCAAAAGGAAUGCUAUUUAUGCUGUGCACUUGGAAUAUGGUCCUAACCCUGCAGCUACCCGCAUGGAUUACAUAGCUGAAUUUACUGUCACUAUGCCAAUACUAAGUUUUACAGGGACAAGUGAGUUACUACCUCAUGGCGAACAAGUUGUUCAGGUAUAUUGCGUCCAGACGCAGGCUAUUCAGCAGUAUGCUUUGGACUUGUCACAGUGUCUGCCACCCCCAAUGGAAAAUACCGUACAUGAGAAAUUGGACUCUGUUGCGUCACUGGAUGUUGCUAGUGCUGAAAGACUCUCUGAUGUGGAGCCUUCUAGUGGUAAACAAGUUGAUGUAUCUAUAUCUAGUUCAGCUUCAGCACCCAAAGUAUCAAUCAACGAAAGUGGCUUUGAGAGUGCUUCUACUGUGAGAUACCCAAUUAACCCUGCUUCUCAGUCACCCUUGCCGCAGGAGUCUGCUUCCUCAAGUACAGACGCCAAACUAGUUCCUUUGUCUGAGGUUGCUAUUAGUAGGGAUAUUUCUUCUGCUACUUCUCCUCGACUUCCUUUGAGCCCUAGGUUGUCAAAAACACUUUCUGGCUUUAGGAGUCUUUCAAUUAAUGACCGUGGUUCAGAGCAAAAAAAUGUUGAGUAUUCAGUUGACAGACAAAUGGAUGCUGUUCAUUCAAACGUAUCUGAUGUUGCUUCAUUGGAGGAUGAUUCAAGGAAUGGUGACAAUAAACUUUCUCAAGAUGAUUCCAUAGCAGUCAAUCAACCAAUUAAGUUCAAACACCCCACCCAUUUGGUAACUCCUUCUGAAAUACUGAUGGCCAAUUCAACCUCUGAAGUUAGCCAUGGUAAUGAGGCCAAAAGUGAUGUUGAACUAAAUAUUCAAGAUGUGGUAAUUAACAAUGAUACAAGGAAUGUUGAGGUUGAGGUACAGGUUGUGGGUGAAACACGAUUUAGUCAAAAUAACGACGUUGGUCCUCGAGAAGACCUUGAGACUUACGUCUCAGAAAACAAGGAGAAAAUAUUUUUCUCUCAAGCAUCCGAUCUCGGAAUUGAGAUGGCUCGAGAAAGUCGCGCCUUAUUGCCUGAAACUUAUACCAUUGAGGAAGUUAUGGAGUUUAAUGGGACUGGUGAAACAGAAACAAUUGCUCAAUCGUCAUCUGUAGAAGAAAUCAACGAUUCUUCAAAGGAUGUUUCUGGAAAGGUUAUUGAUUCACCAACUCCUAUGCCAGCUCAACAACAGCCUGCACCAAAUGCAAAAGGGAAAAAACAGAAGGGAAAGAAUCCUCAAGCACCAGACUCAUCUUCACCAUCACGCAGUGCUUUCAAUUCAACAGAUUCUUCUAACGAACCAGCUGUCAGCUCUAGUAAUCCUGUAGAAAGUGUGUCCCCACAACUAGUUUCCAUGCAACAGAUGCUGAAUCAGAUUGUAUCUGCGCAAAAAGAAAUGCAGAAGCAGAUGGCAACAACAAUUGCUGACCCAGUUACCAAAGAAAGCAAAAGGCUCGAGGCAGCUUUGGGAAAGAGUAUGGAGAAAGCUGUCAAAGCCAAUGCUGAUGCUUUGUGGGCUAGAAUUCAAGAAGAAAAUGCAAAACAGGACAAGGCAGUACGUGAACGUAUGCAACAAUUAACAAAUACGAUUACCAAUUGCUUAAACAAAGAUUUACCGGUAAUCAUAGAGAAAACUGUCAAAAGAGAACUUGCCACUGUGGUGCAAUCUGUGGCACGGGCUAUUAUUCCCAACAUUGAGAAAACAAUAUCCACUUCCAUUACAGAGAGCUUCCAGAAAGGGGUAGGUGAUAAAGCUGUAAAUCAACUGGAGAAGUCUGUCAACUCUAAACUUGAAGCCACUGUUGCUAGGCAGAUCCAAGCUCAAUUUCAAACUUCUGGCAAGCAAGCUCUUCAGGAAACAUUGAAAUCUAGUUUGGAAGCUUCCGUCGUUCCAGCAUUUGAGAUGUCAUGCAGGGCUAUGUUUGAGCAAGUUGAUGCCACAUUUCAGAAAGGGAUGGUUGAACAUACAACGGCAUCUCAGCAACAAUUCGAGGCCUCACAUUCUCCUUUGGCAAUUGCUUUAAGGGAUGCUGUAAAUUCGGCUUCAUCAAUGACUCAAACUUUAAACAGUGAGAUACUCGAUGGUCAAAGAAAAUUGGUAGCUCUUGCUGUUGCAGGAGCAAAUUCUAAAGCAACAAACCCGUUGGUUAGUCAACUGACUAACGGUCCUUUGGGUUCUCUCCACGAAAAGGUCGAGGUACCACUUGAUCCAACAAAAGAGCUAUCUAGACUGAUAGCUGAACGAAAAUACGAGGAGGCUUUCACAACUGCCCUGCAAAGGAGCGAUGUUAAUAUAGUAUCCUGGUUAUGCACUCAGGUUGAUUUACCGGGAAUUCUGUCGAUGAAUCCACUACCUGUGAGCCAAGGUGUGCUACUAUCUCUUCUACAACAGUUGGCAUGUGACAUCAUCAAAGAAACACCUCGGAAGCUGACGUGGAUGAGAGAGGUUCUUUCUGCUAUAAAUCCGACGGACCCACUUAUUGUUGUGCACGUACGUCCAAUCUUCGAGCAAGUCUAUCAAAUACUGCACAACCACAGAACACUUCCGACAGUCAGCGGUGCAGAAAUUUCCAAUAUUCGGUUGAUAAUGCAUGUCAUCAAUUCCAUGCUAAUGACCUCUAAGUGAUUUUAUCCAAUCCUGUUUGAUUUGAUGAAGGUCUUCAAUGUUGACUUUGUAAGGUUUUGUACAUAAUUCUAUGGAUGCUUAGAACAAAACAUUGUGUAGAGUUUGCGUUGGUUUUCGCUUUCGGUUUUUUUUUUUUUUUUUAAUUGGUUUUCGUUAUUUCGUUUAUCGAUGCUACUAGUGUUUUGAUGGAGAUUAAGGACUUCAGGAAUUUAUUUUCUAAUUUUUGUAGUUGAAAAAGUUUUGAAAAUGUA